AUGAAUAAUAUUGCUGAUGAAAAUACACCAACAAAUGGUGUUGUUGGUAACCAAGAAGAACGAAACCAGCAAAAAAAUGAACAGCCACAAACACCACAACAAAAUAUAUUAAAAGAGGUCACAUCAUUACCACCACCAACAUCUCAACAACAAGAAGCAUUAAAAAAUGAAAAUAAUAUAUCUCAAGAAAAUGAACAGACAAAUAAUAAUAAUAAUAAUGAUAAUAAUAACAAUAAUGACAAUAGUAAUAAUACAACAUUAUCACCAGAUUCAAAUGGUGCGCAAACAUUAAAUAGUACUGUUACAACCAAUACCAUUAGUAAUAAUAUUAAUAAUAAUAAUAGUAAUAUUGUUAAACCCAAACCACCAACAAAGACUUCAUUUAAAAUUACAAAUUUUUCUCAAAAAGACAAACCAUUUUAUACAGAAACAAGAUCAUUAUUAGAUUUAACAUGGAGGGUUUAUAUUUUUCCAAGAGGUAAUACAUCAGACAAAGAUAUAGCAUUGUUUUUAGAUUUACAGGAAGUUCAACAGCUUGGAUUUCCAGAUAUUAAAGCACAUUUUACAUUAGAGGUUGUUAAUCAAAAGAAUCCAGAAAAUAAUAUUAGAAAGCCAUCAGAACAUUUAUUUAGUCCAAAGGGCGUAGAUUGGGGAUUUAAUAGAUUUAUGGAAGUUUCAGCAUUAAUGGACCCAGAAUUAGGUUUUAUUGUAAAUGAUACAGUUAUUAUCAAUGUUGAGGUAGUUCAAGCAUUUGCAUGUUCGGGUAUGCCUAUGUACGACUCUAAAAAAGUAACUGGUUAUGUUGGUUUACAAAAUCAAGGUGCUACAUGUUAUAUGAAUUCUUUAUUACAAUCUCUAUUUCAUAUUUCACCAUUUAGAAGAGCUGUAUAUGAGUUACCAACAAAUUCCGAUGAACCAACUAAAAGUAUUUCAUUAGCACUUCAAAUUAUAUUUUAUAAACUACAAUUUGGUGAUAAAGCAGUACCAACUAAAGAGCUAACCAAAAGCUUUGGCUGGGAUACUAUGGAUAUUUUCACACAACACGAUGUACAAGAGUUGAAUCGUGUGCUCUGUGACAAUUUAAAUGAUAAAAUGAAGGGGACCAAGGUAGAAGGAACAAUUGAUGAACUAUUUCGUGGUAAAAUUAAAAAUUUUAUAAAAUGUGAAAAGAUCAAUUACGAAUCAAAGAGUGAUGAAUAUUUCUAUGAUUUGUCACUAAAUGUCAAGGGUUGUAGAGAUAUAACUGCAUCAUUCGAUAAAUAUACUGAGACCGAAAGAUUAGAUGGUUCAAAUCAAUAUUAUGCGGAGGGUUAUGGUUUACAAAAUGCAAACAAAGGAGCCAAAUUUUUAUCAUUGCCACCAGUUUUAAAUCUACAUUUAAAAAGAUUUGAAUAUGACCCCAUCAGAGAUGAGAAUGUUAAAAUCAAUGAUAAAUAUAAAUUCCCAGAAAAUUUAGAUUUAAAUCGUUACAUGGAUGAAUCAGGUGAUAAAUCAAUUUCCUAUCAUUAUACUUUACAAGGUGUAUUAAUUCAUUCAGGUGAUUUACAUAAUGGUCAUUACUAUGCAUUUAUUAAAUCAAGAGAUGGUGAUUGGUUGAAAUUUGAUGAUGAUGAAGUUACAAAAUCAAGUUUUGAAAGAGUUUCAGAUGCAUCAUUUGGUUCAGAUUUUGGUGUUAGGGCAGGCAAAAGUGAUGCAAAUGCAUAUAUGUUGGUUUACUUUAGAAAUAACAAUUAUGACGGACUAACCCAACCAAUUUUAGAGUCUGAAAUACCAGAGCAUUUAAAGUCUAGAAUCGAAAAAGAUGAACAAAGAGAGAACGAGCAAACAUUCUCACUCAGAAUUACAAGAGAUGAAGAUUUUGCAGACCAUCGCUCUUAUGACUUGAUCGAUUUUGAUCGUUUCCCCCCAAAGCAAUUCAAGAAAACUCAUGAUAAUAUGAACCUAGGUCAUUUAAAAAAACAAAUUACAACACUUUAUGGAAUUCCUGUAGAAAGACAAAGAAUUUGGUCUUGGACAACUAGAAGAAACAAAACUCAAAGAAUUGAAAAGUUCCCAGAGUCUGAUGAUACAACUAUUCAAUCUAUUAGAAAUCGUACAGGUGGUGACAUCAGAUUACAUUUAGAAAUAUGCUUUAGUCCAAGACCAACUGCUGGUAGUAAUAUUGGUAGUGGUAUUACAGGCAAUAUAGUUGGAGGCCAAACUAAUAACACAUUACCAGUAUCCAAUAACCAAAACUAUAACAACAAUCCAAAUAAUCAAAUCUUUACACCAGAUAGCUAUUCAUUUUUUCCAAAAAUUAGUAAAGAAGGCAAUGCACUAUUAUUUUUCAAGCUCUACGACGCAGAAACCGGAACAUUAAGAUUUUUAGGUUCAAAAAUUAUAGAUCUCAACGCCAAAGCAUCAUCCAUCUUACCAUUUUUGUGUCAUUUGGGUAAACUACCAAUUGAUACACCACUAUUAGUAUUUGAAGAAGUUACAUCAACUAAAAUUCAACCAAUUAAACCAAAUGAAACAUUUAAUAAAAUGGAAAUGAUGAGUGGUGAUAUUAUUGUAUUCCAAAAACAAAACAGCAUACAACACAAAUUCAAGCUCCCAACCGCCACCGAUCACUACACCUACAUUAUUAAUACAUCGAUAGUAACCAUUAAACAAGUAGACAACAGCAAAGUAUCAUUCAGCUGCGAAUUACCAAAACAAAUGAAAUACUCUGAAAUUACUGCCAAAAUUGCCUCGAAAAUCAAUGCCAAUGCUGAAAACAUUAGAUUAAUGUCAAAGACCAUAGACUCGCAAAUCACACCAAUUAAACCAAAUGAUAAUAUACCAUUAUUUGAUAUGUUAACCUCAUCUCACAAAUUAACAGAUAUACUUUAUUUCGAAAUCCUCAAGAUUCCAGUUAAAGAAUGUGAAUUUAAAAGAAACUUUAAAAUUACUUGGCAAAAACCAAAUUCAAACGAAACAGAAAUUAUUUCAGUUUGGAUACCAAAACUAGGCGAUGUUAAGCAAUUAAUUAAUGAAUUUUUAUUACAAAUUAAACAAAACCAUCAACAACAACAGCAACAGCAACAACCAAAAACAGAAAAUAUUAAUAAUGAAAUUAUAAAAGAUCAACAACAAAAUGAAAAUAAUAAUGGUCAACAACAAGAAGACAGUGUAAAUAGCCAAAUUAACAUCGAAAAUAUUGAUGAAUCAAGAAUAAGAUUACUUGAAAUUAGAUCAUCAAGAAUUGAUAAGAUUUUAACAGAUGAAUUUGUUUCAUCAAUUAAUGAAAUCUCUCAAUUACGUGCGGAAAUUAUAACAGAUGAAGAGAUCAAUUUAACAACAAAUGGUGAAAAGGUUGUUUUUGUUGUACACUAUAGCCGUGAACAUACCCACCCAAUGUAUCAUGGUAUUCCAUUUACUAUUCUCUAUAAACCAGGCGAAUCUUGUCAAUCCCUUAGAUCGAGAAUUCUUCCAAAAUUAGGUGCUAAUAUUUCAAAUAAAGAAUUUUCAAGAUGGAAACUCUCAGUUAUAAAAGAUGAUAACAAGAUUGAAUACAUUCCUGAAGAUGGUAAUGUUGGUUCAAUUCCAAACAAUCAAGAUUGGAAUCCGUCAUCUUUCCUAAUUGGUUUAGAACAUCCAAAUAAUCAUAAAUCCCACCAUCAAAAAGCAAUUAAAAUUUUAGGUUAA